AUGAGUGCUACCAGACAGGAUUACCAGGUAGCCUCGCUGGCUGCCGGCUUCACCAUCGGCUUCGGGUUUCUUACCGUCUGGGAGGCCAUGAAGCAGACAGCCAGGAACAAGGACCCCAUCCGAAGUCCCUACAUAUACAUGAUCUGGGGCGAGAUUAUAGCGAACCUUGUACUUGGAAUUUUGGCGUUCUUAUAUCUUGAGGAGACUAUCGGUUCCAGCGUUCCCACCUUCUUCUUCAUCCUUCUCUGCUGGGUGUUCGAGAUACAACUUCUUAUGCAAAUCAUUAUCAACCGGAUUGCUGUCAUUUCAGAAUCAGAGAGGACGGUCAAGAAAAUCAGAUGGGGAACGGUAGCGGUGAUCUCUACCAUCAACCUUGCAGUCUUCUGCAUCUUUAUUCCAGCACAUUUGGCCGAUCCUCCUAAAGGAUUCGUCGCCAUCAACGCCUACUGGGAUAAGAUCUCAAAGGUCCUCAUUUGCAUCGUUGAUGCCGCACUUAAUGUGUAUUUCCUCCGAACUGUCCGACAACGACUUGUGAAGUACCAUGGACUUCAAAAAUACGCGCCCCUCGUGAGCUUCAACUCGAAGCUCAUGUUCGUGUCGAUAUUGAUGGACCUCAUGCUCAUCGGCCUCAUGUUCCUACCGAACCAAGUCGUCUUCAUCCAGUUCCACCCGGUCACUUACAUGGUGAAGCUCAACAUCGAGAUGACCAUGGCCAACCUGAUCCGACAGCUCGCGCGC